UUCUGAAAGCAUUGUAACCCUUACAAACCACGAGGAGAAGAGAAUAUCAGAGAGUAAUUACAGGUGGGCAUCCCUAGCCAGAAAACGGACAAAGAAUAUUAAGAGAGUCGGGCAACACGACAGAUCGGACGUCACGACCGCACGUGCUCAGUCGUGGCGAACACGCAAGCGCUUUGUAACUACCAUAGCGACAGAGAGAAUUGAAAUCGGGAGCGGAUGAAGAGAAUCGGUGAGCCGGCCGAGUGAAGCCACGCUGUGGCCAUCAUGCCGAUAAGAACCAGUGGCGGGUCUUUAGGGUACAAUCGAGGACUAGAUCGAAGCACUCCGAUGAGCCGAAUGAAUGCGCCGCAAGGGAUUUAGCAACCUCCCGAAUUGGAUCUAACCUCUGGUUCACAUUUUCGUUUCAUCUUUGUACGCUCUAUCUAGUCUUCUGUGGGUCUCUUGAUUACACAGUUGCAAUUUUCAGCAUGAAGAAGGAUAAAUCCGACAUGUUCGCAAUUACCGUCAUCGUUGUCGGAUUUAAAUGCUUACACUUCCAGCCUGGAUGGAUGCAGGAUGUAGAAGUCAAGAGUACGAUCACGUUGACGUCUUUCACCGUAUGUAUCAAACAAAUUACACCAAUUCGUUGAUAUCUAUCAGAAGAUCGAUGAAAGCGUGGGAGUGAUGAGCAUCUCAGACGGAUUAAGAGGUUUUGUGUUCAAUGCUUGUGUAUGCAUUAUCGUGAAGUGAAUGCAUAGGUAUUGUGCUUGUUCACUAACCCUUUGCAUGCAAUUCACGGUAGUGCUGGACAAGCAUUUUGUUUAUGAGACGGAUUUUAUGUUUAAAGCUUGUCUAGCAUGAUCGUGAAGUGAAUGCAAACUUAGUGUGUAAACUCGAUACACCUUUGCAUGCACUUGACGGUAGUGCUAGACAUGCAUUUUGUCUUUCACUCCAUACUCUAGAACGUGAUCAUAUGGACGGGGUAGCAUGAUCUUUAUUUUAUUAUUUACAUCUUGAUGAUGCAUCAUAGAUAGAGGAAGAUGGUAUCCAUGUAAGUAAUUAACUCAAGAUUGGGUGAAAUUUAGUUAUUUUCACUUUGGUUAACUAAUUAAAUUGAUUACUUUUAUAUAGAAUGCUGACAUAUUCUCUCCUUGACAUUCUAGACAGCUUGUGUCCUCAUGGAUGUACAA